AUGACUAUUAAGAAGAUUCGAUCAGUUGGUAUAAUUGGUGGUGGACCAAGUGGUGCAAUCUCAUUAGAUUCAUUAAUUAAAGAAUCGACAUUUGACAAGAUAGUACUUUUUGAAAGGAAAGAUAAUUUUGGUGGAACAUGGAGAGCUGAUGAGCCUAAACAAGAUAUCAAAGUCAAACCAGGGUCAACUCCUCAAGAAGUCGAUCCUCCAAUCCCUCUUCCCCAAGAGUUUGAGAAUGCUGAUGAAGAAUUAAAAGUGGAAAUUGCUGAAAGAGUUCCAAGAUGGGAUGAAUCGCCUGCAACUUAUAGAUCGUUAAGAACCAAUGUUCCUGAGAGGAUAAUGACUUUUUCUGAUGAUAAAAAAUUUCCAUGGUUAGACCAACCUAAUCAAGAUGAGUUAACAACAAGGGAAUCUGUUGAGAAAUAUAUUAUAAACUAUAUUGAAAGAUUAUCAACAAACCCUUCCUCAAAUGUGGAAAUUUUUAAAAAUACCCAUGUUGAAAGGAUUUUAAAGAAGGGUGAACAAUGGGAAGUCGUUAUUAGAAGUGAAGUUGGAAACUUAGAUAUUUGGAAGAAAUUAUUUUUUGAUUCCAUUAUUAUAGCUACAGGUCAUUAUAACGUUCCACAAAUUCCUAACGUUGAAGGUAUAAAUGAAUUUAUUCUUUCUGGAAGAGGUCAAGUGCUACAUUCAAAGGGGCUUAUUGUGAAUUCAAAAUUUCAGAAUAAGAAGGUUAUAGUUAUAGGCUCAAGAUCUUCUGCAUCAGAUACAGUUCGUGAAUUGAAAACUUUUACAAAUGAUAUUAUAUGGUCAGUUAAAGAUACAUCAACUACUUUCUUUGCAGGUCAUAAAUUAUCCCGAACCCCAGAAACUUUAAGAAAACCACCAAUUUCAAAAUAUGUUGUACAAGAUGAUACAACCACUGUUUUUUUCGAAGACGGAUCAUCUGCAAAGAAUCCAGAUUAUGUGAUUUAUGCAACUGGAUAUUUUUUUUCCUAUCCCUUUCUUCAGGAUUAUAAUUCAAAUUUAACACCUCAAGGAAAAAUCAUUAAAGGGCUUUAUCAACAUACUUUCUAUAUCAAAGAUCCUUCAUUAUCAUUUGUUGGGACACCAAUAGAUGGUAUGAGUUUUAGAGUUUUUGAAAUCCAAGCUAUACUUGUUGCAAGGUACUUGGCUGGUAAGAUCAAGCUACCGUCUGUGCAAGAACAAGAGCAAUGGCAUAAGGAGAGACUUGAAAAAUAUGGAAUUUCAAGAUUAUUUCAUACAACAGGUCAAGAUCCUGCCUUAAUAUAUAUUGAUAAUUUAAUCAAACUAGGUGGUGGUUACGACUCAAUUAAUGGUACAGGUAAACCUUUCCCUAAGUUUUCAGAAUUGGAUUUAGAAAUAUAUGAAGCCAACAAAAAACAAUUAACCGAGAGGUGGUCAUUGACAUAA